GACAUACAUCCUCUUCUCUUCUGCUUCUUCUUUUCUUAUUCCUGAUAGUUAAUUAGUUGUUCAUGGGGAUGCGGCAGACAGGCGAGUUCGAGUUGCUCUCCAGGAUUGCAACCAACGACGGCCACGGCGAGAACUGCUCCUACUUCGAUGGCUGGAAGGCCUACGACAGCGAUCCUUUCCACCCCAAACAUAAUCCCAAAGGAGUCAUCCAAAUGGGUCUCGCAGAGAAUCAGCUCUGCUUUGACUUGAUUGAGGACUGGUUGAAGAGGAAUCCGGAGGCUUCGAUUUGCACGCGAGAGGGAAUUUCACAGUUCAGGGACAUCGGCAACUUCCAGGACUACCAUGGCCUCUCUUCCUUCCGCAGGGCCAUUGCCAGAUUCAUGGAGAAGGCGAGGGGAGGCAGGGCCAGAUUUGACCCCGACCGCGUCGUGAUGAGCGGCGGAGCCACCGGAGCGCAGGAGACCAUGGCCUUUUGCCUCGCCAACCCCGGCGAGGCCUUCCUCAUCCCGACCCCUUAUUAUCCGGGGUUCGAUCGAGAUUUCCGGUGGAGAACAGGGGUGGAGCUCCUGCCCUUCGACUGCUACAGCUCCAACAAGUUCAAGAUCACGCAAUCCGCGUUGGAGUCGGCGUACCAAGAGGCGGUAAAAAACAACGUAAGGGUCAAAGGAGUGCUCGUGGCUAAUCCGUCGAACCCUCUCGGCACCACCAUGGACAGGGAGACCCUCCGGUCGUUGGUCAGCUUCGUCAACGACAAGAACAUCCACUUGGUCGUGGACGAGAUCUUCUCCGGCACCGUGUUCGACUCCCCGGACUUCGUCAGCGUGGCGGAGAUCGUGGAAGACGAGCCCGGGAGGUUCAACCGCGACCUCAUCCACGUGGUCUACAGCCUCUCGAAGGACCUCGGACUGCCGGGGUUCCGCGUCGGCGUCAUCUACUCCUUCAACGACGCCGUGGUGCGGUGCGCCCGCCGGAUGUCGAGCUUCGGGCUGGUCUCGACGCAGACGCAGCAUCUGCUGGCGGCGAUGCUGGGCGACGAGGAGUUCACCUCGAAGUACCUGGCGGAGAGCCGGCGGCGGCUGUCGGAGCGGCGGAGGACCUUCGAGGCGGGGCUGAGGGAGGUCGGGGUCCGGAGCCUGGACAGCAACGCGGGGCUGUUCUGCUGGAUGGACCUGCGCCAUCUGCUGGAGGCGAAGACGGUGGAGGAGGAGCUGAAGCUGUGGCGAAUCAUCGUGCACGAGGUGAAGCUGAACAUCUCGCCGGGGGCCUCGUUCCACUGCUCCGAGUCGGGGUGGUUCAGGGUGUGCUUCGCCAACAUGGACAAGGAAACGAUGGACACGGCGUUGGGCAGGAUCAGGGCCUUCAUGGCCCGCGCCGAAAGGCACAGGGCGACGAACGAGAAGAAGAAGAAGUGGGCGGCGGCCGCGGCGCUGCGGCUGAGCCUGCCGCGGAACGGUCGGCGCUACGACGACAUUCUCAUUUCGCCGCAUCUAGCCAUGUCGCCCCAUUCUCCUCUCGUUCGCGCCGCCACCUGAUCGCCAUCCGAGCCAACUUUUCGAUUAUUAAAUCAUUAUUAUUGUCUUGAUUCUUUCAUUACCGAUACCGAUAGAUACUAGUUAAAAAUUCCAACAUGUGUUAGAAGAAAGAAGGUUGCUCAAACGAAAACGCAGCCACUUCGUUCUUUUUAUUUAUAUCAAUUAGAUAAAUGAAUCAAAUGGUAGAGUUCUUAAAAAUUGAAAAUUAAAAA